UCCACUCCAAGCCAUGGCCCUUUCUGUAGCAAGCACCAGCACGCCGACCACGGUGAUCAGCAUCAUCAUGGCGGAGGCAGCCGGCCGGUAGGCCACGCCGCGGCUGGCACAUGUAACGGCGGGGGGCGGCCGGUGGAAAGGUUGGGGCUUCGGAGAGAUGGCGGUACACAUGCUGCUUCUUGCCGGGGUACCGGCGGCGGCCACCGCGGCGGGCGGCGGGUUCGUGCAGGUGUUCUUCCAGUACUCGUUCCUCGUGUGGCCGUUCAACCUCGUGCUGCCGCUGGCGCGCCACCUGCCGCGCGUCUGCGUCGCGCUCCGGGACGCGGCGGCGUUCUUGGCCGGCGAGCUGCCGAUGUUCCUCAGCGGGCGGCGCGGGGUGCAGCUGGCGGCGCCGAUGCUCGGCUACGGGCGGUCGUCGUCCUCGCCCGCCGCGCGGAGAUCGCGGGAGGAGCUCGUCGCCCACACCAUGGUUGCCCUCGUCGGCAUCUCCUACUGAUCAUGGCUCUCUGCAUUGUCAAGUGAUCGAAUGCGUCCUCGGAAUAAUUGUCAGUGAGUCAGUGCCACUCAGUGGUCAUCAUAGAUUCAUAGGUUGGUUAGCUUGAUGUUUUCUUUUGAUUUUGCACAUAUGAAAACCUUUUGAAGUUUUGUUUUGUUCCCGCUGCAUUUGUGAUUUGUCAGCUGCGGCUCUUAGCUAUACCCUCCUGAAUGUGGAUUUUGAAGAAGCUAGCUUGAGAAACUGAAAUCGGCGUAUAUAUUUCGAUUGAGUUUGGCAUUUUGGACGCAUCUCUACUGACAUCGAAUGCUUUAACUGUACAUAUAUAUCUCGAUUCUCGAAAUUUCAAAAUCCGUGGAUUCAUGAGGCGUUGAAUUAAAGUCGUGUUAUCCGGUUCUAUAUAUGUACGAAGUACUAAGUAAG